CGUAGCACCGCUAUCAGGACGUUGUGAAGUAGCUACUUAGCUCAACCUGAUACUGACUGACUGUUUUUCUCAGAUUAAUAACGAAAUAAAGAUGUCUUUUAAAAGGGAAGGCGACGACAAGAGUCAGCUGAACAUCCUGAAGAAACGACGAGUGGCAGAUCUGCUGUCCAACUUUAUUCCAGAGGAUGAAGCGACUCUUACGAAAAACGGAAGGUACGCUUGCCUUGUGUGCUCCUACUGUCCGAUGUUUGACACAGUUGAUACUCUGACAGUCCACAGAAAUGGGAAAAGGCAUCUGGAAGGUUCAAGAGUUGAAGAUGUUUAUUGUCAUAUGCAACAAAAGAAAGCAGGAUUGAAAGCGUUCUAUGGCAAGAAAGCAAGGUUGAGGAAUGAAAUAACGAAAAGGAAACAUGAGAAUUACGUCCAGACUGAAGACACAAGACAGGAACCCUCCUGUUCAGCACCUUUACUGGCACAAACACGGAUGCUUACACAUCACGCUUUAUUGAAGACUGUACCAUACAACAGCUGCCACAGAAAAACCAGUACAAAAUCUGAAAAAGCACCACAGAGCAUCGGCUCAGAUCCCAGCUUCACUUCCAGCUACACAGCAUCAGAACAAGACAAAGCAAGUCAGAAAACUGAAGUUUCUCACAGUUCAUUACAAAGCUCUAGUGGCUGCACAACAGCUGAAGGCUCACAUCCAUCAGAGGACAUAAAAGGAGCUCAGGCUGCAGUGACAGAGGAGGCGGAGCCUAUAACAGCCCAGAGGAGGAGAGAGCUGGAGCACUACCUCAAACUCAAAAGUGAGGGGUGGUUGCAAGACCGGAGCGGCAAGUGGGUUAAAGACGAGAACGUGGAGUUUGAUUCAGAUGACGAGGAGCCCCCUUCGCUUCCCCCUCUACCUACAAGUCACUGAGAGGACUAAGAACUGUGAAAACACAGAUGAACUUGUACCACAGUGGUACAUUUAGCCGGAGCGCUGUGUGCACUUUUAUUGAAUCCCAUGGUUUUCUGUGCUGAUUCUACAGCGCCUGUGUGAUCUUUGGACUCACCGGUGAUCAUCAGCUGCAACUUUAGAUGCUUUUAUCUCAUCACAUAAGAUUUACAGAAUCAAACUUAACAAUAAAUGUCACUUCCUAUUUGUUACUGUUUUUGUUGCUACAUGGAACAUCAAACACUUUAAAACCUAAGGAAUUUAAUAGAGAAUAACAGGUUUGACCAAGGCUCUUCUGGCGGGGGGGGGUUCUCAGGGGCCGCUUAUAAAAGCUCCAACCAUGGUUGUGUCCUAAUGUCAGAAAGACAUUAAAGGAUAAUUCGGGUUUAUUACUAAUUGGACAUUAUUUUCAGUGUUUUGGCCUGAAUUUGGAUAAAAAUGUCAGUAGUGAUCACUCAUAGUAAAGGAAAACUGUGCAAGCAUAAGUAUGGAAAGUACAAAAGGUCAUAAUUGAAUCAGUAAGUUGGUCUGUAAACUGUGAUGGGUGUUAGGGUUAGGGUUAGUAAUUUAACCCAUUGCCUUCAUUUUCACUUACAAAUACGUUUAGCUAAGCUGUUUACAGUCUGACUGCACUUCUUUCAGAGAUACUACCAUGUUCUCAGCUCUUAAUAUUAACUUGGUGAGUACUUUACAAACUGACUGGACCAUGUUAUCCUCAUAAACAUGAGCCUUAUGCCCUGUUCAUGGACCCUUCAGGAUCAGAAGAAUGGCCCUGAGCAGUUGAUUUUUCAGGUGAAUGUCUCUUGUAACCUACACAAUGAGUGAGACUAUUUCACCAUCGUUUGUUUUAAUCUUUCAACAGAGUUACGUCUCCUCUCUGGUAGGAUUAAUCCUCAGUCAGCUUCGCUCCAAAUCAGCAGCAGAUAGGCUGCAUUGGUGCUAAUCUGGGUAGAGGAGCCACCGGUUAGCGUUCUUCGCUGGGCGUUCGUUCAGCACAGUUGCUAUAAAUUGGAUGGCACCAUCAGGGUCAGUGGGGGGGCGGCAGAGGGACUUAACAUGGGUUAGUUUCUGAUGACACCGCUAAUAUGUGUGGAAAGCACGCUUGCUUCAUUAUUUUGGAGCGCAGAGCAUCACCACCACAUGGAGAGGCACUUAAUAUGUUAAAGGUUCUCAGUUGUUGUGGAGACUUGGCAGUGUGACAUGUAAACGCUUGUCAAAGUGCUUUGGAGACAAAUGCAUCAAUAUUUAAAUUCUGACCUUUAAUAUCGUGUCUGCCAUUUCAGCAUUACAACUUACACAGUCCUCUGACGCAAAUAUGACCCAGAAAAAACCCAACAAAUGAAACACAAUAUGGUAAAUACGUUUGUCACAGCAUUCAUGGCACCCAGCAUUGCAAUCCAAAAAUACACAACCUGUGUUUUACUGUGAAACAGCGAUCAAAGGGACGAGAAACCCUCAGAAUAGAUUGUGUCGAGGCAAAUCUGACUUUAAAUCAUUUUAAGAUGACAAAUGUCACAGACGCCUGGAUGACUU